AUGGCAACUGCACCCAUAACAGAUAAUUCUCCAAAAUCUUUAUUAAAACUUGUGGAAGAUAAAAAUGACAAAUCAGAAAAAAAAUUAACCAUUCUUGAAUCACAUGGAUAUACUCUUGGUAAAACAAUAGGUGCCGGUUCAUAUGCUACUGUAAAAAUAGCAAAAUCUGAUCGACAUGAUUGUCAAGUAGCAGUAAAAAUUGUUUCAAAAUUUCAAGCACCUGGUGAUUAUUUAAAAAAAUUUUUGCCCCGUGAAAUUGAAGUUGUCAAAGGUUUAAAACAUCCAAAUUUAAUUCGUUUUCUUCAAGCGAUCGAAACAACUCAUCGCGUUUAUAUCAUUAUGGAAUAUGCUCAAUGCGGUAGUUUGUUGGACAUAAUAAGACGUGAUACAUUUAUCGAUGAAUUUCGUAGUCGUCGAUGGUUUCGGCAAUUAUUAGAAGCUAUUGAUUAUUGUCAUGGACGUGGUGUAGUACAUAGAGACAUCAAAUGUGAAAAUCUUUUGAUGGAUCAGAAUUUUAAUAUUAAGUUAUCUGAUUUUGGAUUUGCACGUGGACAAAUGAAAGCAAAAAAUGGAAUUAAUCCAUUAAGUGAAACUUUCUGUGGCAGUUAUGCUUAUGCAUCACCAGAAAUAUUAAAAGGUGUUCCAUAUUUACCUCAACUAUCUGAUGUAUGGUCCAUGGGCGUAGUUCUCUAUGCAAUGGUUUAUGGUCGACUACCAUUUGAUGAUACAAAUUACAGUCAACUACUAAAGCAAGUACAAAAUAAAGUUGUAUUUCCUAAAGAACCAAAUGUAUCUCAAGCUUGUCGUUCACUUAUCUCACGAAUACUUGUUCCACAACGAAUACGGAUGAAUAUUGAUAAUAUAAGAAAUGAUACGUGGCUUGCUGAAUCUCUUGUUACAGUUGAAACCUCCACUACUGAUAUCCCAAUGGAUACUUCUACAGUACGAAACGUAAAAAAAAUAACAAAUGAAAGGAACAAAGAAACAAAAAAUAAUACAACUGAUAUUGGAGCACAAAUUAUCGAUAAACGUCUAACAUAAACAUUCCAGAUGAAAACCAUAGAUGUCCA